UAAGUGACGUGCCACGCAGCCAGUUGAACUCAGAAUAUAUCCCGGUUCUGGAUCGGUCGACUACUCUCUCUGUGUUCAGCUCAGUACGUGUUGGCAAAAUGAUCAGAGGAAAAGCGGUGACUAUUUUGCUGUUCUUGCCCUUCAUCUUCACCCUUGCGCGAGCUAGGCCAAUCAUUCGUCUGCCACGGCCUUUCAGAUCCUUCAAGAUUAACACUACGCAGAAUGCAAAUAGCUGUUCUUACACAGUAGAGGUAUCGACUAGCUGCUCUUCAACUCGUUAUACAAGAGACCAAAUCAGUCUUGCAUUUGGAGACGCUUAUGGCAAUCAGGUUUAUGUUCCCAGACUAGAUGAUCCAUAUUCAGCAACAUUUGAGAGUUGUUCAACAGAUACAUUUCAUAUAAACGGGCCCUGUGCAUACCAGAUUUGCUAUUUAUACGUCUACAGGAGUGGCUAUGAUGGCUGGAAACCAAAGUCUGUCACUGUGUAUGGGCACAACACUAGGUCAAUUACAUUUAACUACAACAUUUUUAUUCCUAUUGGUAUUUGGUAUGGCUUCAAUUACUGCAAUGGAGCCUCCUCAGCCUCAAUUUGAACAUUGCAUAUAGGGUUUGUGUGAGUGUGAUUCUGGGGUCUUGUGUGUGGUGGUAUAAUUAGUAGGAAGUGAGCAUAGUGCUUCCUCUCUCAUCUCCAUUGUAAGUGAGAAUAAAAGGUCCUUGAAGGGUGCCCUGGCCAAUAUGAUUGUUGACAAUGAUUAUGCUGUAUCCAUCCCUGACUCUGCUGGGUCACAGCAGCACAUGUUCAAAAGAAAUUAUGGAAAUAUAUUGGUGUGUGUGUGUAUAUAUAUAUAUAUAUAACUUAAUUUGGAUGCU